AUGACCGUUCGGAAGAAGUUGACUCCAGCUCUAGGUCGCAUCGUCCCCCGAGUCAUCGACGAACUACGUGGUGCAUUCGACGCACUCCUCCCAGAAUGCGAAGACACUUGGAUCCAAAUCAACCCAAACGAACUCUUCACCCGCCUAAUCGCCCUAGCCACAUCACGCGUAAUGGCCGGCGACGUCCUUCGCCGCAAUGAACAAUGGCUAAACAUCGCAAGCAGCUACACAAAAAACAUAGGGAUUACCGUGGUCCUCUUACGCCCCUUCCCAGCCUACCUUCGACCCCUAGUAGCGCUCUUCCUCCCAUCAGUCCAACAAAUGAAAAAGCAACUCCGCUUCGCGAAGGAUCUCUUCGCACCUAUGGUUCAUGAGCGCAGACAGGCCGCCCUCGCAAAUGACCCGGAUUAUACGAGCCCGGAUGAUUUCCUGCAGUGGAUGAUUGAUCUUGGUGAGGAGCAGGGCGAGACGCUUGAUCCGGAGCUCCUGGCGCAUCAUAUGCUCCUCCUGGUUACGCUAGCUGUUGUUCAUACUAGUACUAUGGCUUUGUGUCAUAAUAUCUAUGAUUUGAUCAUUAUGCCGGAGUAUUUAGAGCCGCUGAGGGAGGAGAUGAAAAGGACACUGCCGGAUGGUUGGUAUAAGGGGACUCAGGCUGCGCUGGUCGAACAGCAUCGGUUGGACAGUUUUAUGCGUGAGUCGCAGCGGUUUGGUCCGCCUGGUGAAUGUGAGUUAUUCUAUCUUUCACUACAGGAGGAGGUUGGGAAUGUUGUUAUCAGCGCUAAUCAUCUGCUCUUUAUAGUAUCUGUCCACCGCAUCGUCAAAGAACCAGUUACCCUCCACGAUGGUCUCACACUCCCCGUCGAAACACAUAUCUGCUUCGCUGCAGGCCCAAUUAGCAGAGACAUGGACUUCCUCCCAGAUGCAGAAACCUUCGACGGAUUCCGGUGGUGUCGAAAACCCGAAGACCGGUAUGCAUUGUCUCCCGAGUUGGCCGCAUCUGCUGCCACUCCAAGUGGCGACAAGAAAGAGAAGGAAAAUACAGAGAAGGCUGUCACUUCGCCUGCCAGCUUUGUGACUAUCAGUGCGACAAACAUGCAUUUCGGAUUCGGGCGUCAGGCUUGCCCCGGUCGAUUCUUCGCGGCGAAUACCCUGAAGGCGAUUAUGAGUCGGAUUAUUCUUGACUAUGAUUUCAAGCUUGCUGGCGAUGAGAGACCUGCUAAUAUUCAUGUUGGGGAGCACAUUUUGCCAAAUCUUAACUCGCAUGUGUUGUUUCGGAAGAGAGCUAUUGGGAUUUGA